AUUCCUUAGCGAGUGAAUGGUUUGCUUAUGGUCUUGCAGGGAGAAAGUACAAUGGCUCCAUGGUAGGAACCCCACGGUGAGGACAGAGGCUGGGAAAUGGGUUGUAUAUCCUUUAGGUAUAGGCAUGGUGCUACAGAAAUAUUUGUGGAUGCACAGCAUGCACCAUUUUUAUGCCUAAGUAAUUAAUAUAAUCUCUACCUCGUUUCCUCUUGAAACUGUUCUCUGCUAACUCUAGCUACCUAUUUUAUUGUCUAUAAAAUUGAGAUUAAUGAGAGCAUUUCUUGUGUGAUGGGCAGGGGGGAAGGUCUCCCUAUGAGACGCGUGUUCAGAGAUGUGGUUUGUUUUUGUUUUGCUUUUGGGUUUGAGGCAUUUUCCUCCCCACUCUGUCCGUGAACUAGGCUUGAGGAAAUGGAGAGAGGGCUGUUGGCAGGAUGUGCGGGAUUAGCUGGAGCCGCUCCGGGCCGCCUGGGCUGUGCCGAGGCUGCGCACUUCCGCCGGGCUCCGCGCUCCCGGAGAUGCCUGAGCGCCCGGCCCGUGCAGCACGGCCACUGAGGACCAGACUCCUUGUGGUUUCUUCACAUUUUGGACAGAUAAAACAGAGGAAGCUGCAUGCUGAAUGUCCGAGCUGUCUUGGAAGCGAAGCCCUCAUUUUGUUCACAAGGAAAGGAUUGUUUUUCGCUUGGGUCACUGCUGCUGAGCGACUUUUUUUUCCCUCUCUCUCUGUAAUGUUUGAUACUUGAGGGAAAACAGCUGGGCUGAGCAUGCUUGAAUCACUGCAGAACGAGAUGGGAUGCUGGGGAAUAUGGACUGCACUGUAUGGCUGAAAAGGUCAGCUUUUUCCCUUGUCCCUCGUGGAGGAAUGCAGACUCUGUCCCUGGGCUCGCCUUGUAAGCUCUCGGAAAGAGCUGGGAGAGGCGGAAGGGGAGGGAUGGCUGAGAUGUGGCAGACUGUCCUCACAAAUGGGACCGAAGGCAGCUUUUUGCAUCUCUUCCCUUCUCAUGCCCUGCUGUUUUUGAUUUUCGGGGAGGACUGGAACAAGGCAACAGAAUUUGGGUUUGGAGAAGCAGUCGAUGACCACGUUAAACAGAAAGUCCUGACGGGCCAGACAGUUGAGAGCCUGGCCCAAACCACAGCAGUGUAACUAGAAUUACAGGGGCAGCCUAGGAGAGCGUCCUGCCGGAGCUCUCUCAAAGAGGACCGGGAAGUCAUUGAGACCAAUGCCCCACACGUCAGGCCAGGGCAUCUGUGUGUGCUGUGGUGCCUAGGACUUAAUCCUCCACCGGAUUAGACCUUGAGAUGAUGUCGAGAGAACAAUCGGAUGAUGAGACCGAGGAGUCGGUGAAGUUUAAGAGGUUACACAAGCUGGUAAACUCCACUCGCAGAGUGAGAAAGAAACUAAUCAGGGUGGAAGAAAUGAAAAAGCCCAGCACUGAAGGUGGGGACGAACAGGUGUUUGAGAAUUCCCCGGUCCCGGAUGAAAGGUCUGCCCUUUACUCUGGAGUGCACAAGAAGCCAUUUUUCUUUGAUGCGUCUCCUGAGAAACCUCCGGAAGAUGAUUCAGACUCUCUCACCACUUCUCCAUCAUCCAGCAGCCUGGACACCUGGGGGGCUGGCCGGAAGUUGGUCAAAACCUUCAGCAAAGGAGAGAGCCGGGGCCUGAUCAAGCCCCCCAGGAAGAUGGGGACGUUCUUCUCCUACCCAGAAGAAGACAAGGCCCAGAAGGUGUCCCGCUCCCUCACCGAGGGAGAGAUGAAGAAGGGUCUCGGGUCCCUGAGCCACGGGGUAAGUACCGAUGGGGUUUGCUUCUAUGACAGCCACCGUCGUCGGCACCACCUUCUGGUGUCCCUGGAGGAGGUUCAGAGCGUCCGGAAGCAGAUCCGCUUGAAGAAAACGGAUACUAAUUAUUCAUGUUCCAGAGCUUUUCUCUGCCAGCGUCCCUCCAGAAAAGGCAUUAACAGCAGCACCUGCGACCUGCCGCUGCUCCGGCAGAAACCCAAGGGGGGCGGGGGCUGCGGCGUGCCCGGCCGGAGGGGGCGCGGGCGCCCCUCCGUCAGCGAGUUCAAUGUCACCUACGUGGUGGAGCGCAGCCUGUACAGCCACCUGAACCUGACCCAGCUAGUGCGCCCCGCCUCAGACAGGACGCUGAGCAAGGCUGAGAAGCAGGACCUGAGGCGGUGCUUGCUGGAGGAGGAGGAGGAGGCCAAGAGGAAGUGGGCCGCCACGGUGGACCGCUGUACUAAAAGGGUUCUCUUGAGAAUCCACCAGAAGUCCAGAACCUGCAGUUUUGGAGGAUUUGACUUGACAAAUCGUUCUCUGCACAUUGGCAGUAAUAAUUCUGACCCAAUGAGUAAAGAGGGGGAUUUUGUGUACAAAGAAGUAAUCAAAUCACCCACUGCCUCCCGCAUCUCUCUUGGAAAAAAGGUGAAAUCAGUGAAAGAGACAAUGAGGAAGAGAAUGUCUAAAAAAUACAGCAGCUCUGUCUCUGAGCAGGAUUCGGGCCUUGAUGGGAUGCCUGGCUCCCCUCCAUCCUCUCAACCUGACAGCGAGCACGUGGACAAGCCCAAGCUCAAAGCCGGAGGUUCUGUGGAGAGUCUGCGGAGCUCCCUGAGCGGGCAGAGCUCGAUGAGUGGUCAAACAGUGAGCACCACAGAUUCCUCCACCAGCAACAGGGAGAGCGUCAAGUCAGAAGACGGUGAUGACGAGGAGCCCCCCUACCGGGGCCCCUUCUGUGGGCGCGCCAGGGUGCACACCGACUUCACACCCAGCCCCUAUGACACAGACUCGCUCAAGCUCAAGAAAGGAGACAUCAUCGAUAUAAUCAGCAAACCCCCCAUGGGCACCUGGAUGGGCCUGUUGAACAACAAGGUGGGCACGUUCAAGUUCAUCUACGUGGACGUGCUCAACGAGGAAGAGGAGAAGCCCAAGCGCCCCACCAGGAGGAGGAGGAAAGGAAGACCCCCCCAGCCCAAGUCGGUGGAGGAUCUCCUCGAUCGCAUCAACCUCAAAGAGCACAUGCCCACUUUCCUGUUCAAUGGCUAUGAAGAUUUGGACACCUUUAAGCUCCUGGAGGAGGAAGACUUGGACGAGUUAAAUAUCAGGGACCCAGAACACAGAGCUGUUCUCUUGACAGCAGUGGAGCUGUUACAGGAAUAUGACAGUAACAGCGACCAGUCCGGAUCCCAGGAGAAGCUGCUUGUUGACAGCCAGGGCCUGAGCGGAUGCUCUCCGCGGGACUCGGGAUGCUAUGAAAGCAGUGAGAACCUGGAAAACGGUAAGACUCGGAAAACCGGCCUUCUCUCUGCCAAGUCAUCAGCGGAAUCCAGCUUGAAGUCUUUCAACAGGAGUCAGCUGGGCAACUACCCAACCUUGCCUUUAUUGAAGUCAGCGGAUGCACUGAAGCCGGGAGGGGAGAGCAGGCUGGGCGGUGGUCUUACCCCUCACACCGCCAAGGGCUGUGAUCCGCCAUGUGUGGCUGAUUUGAAUAAAAACCGAAGAAGCCUCCCGGUUUCCAUCUGCCGGAGCUGUGAGACCCUGGAGGGCCCCCAGACUGUGGAAGCUUGGCCCCGGUCCCAUUCCCUGGAUGACCUUCAAGGAGAGGCUGAUGCCGAAAAAGAUGUGCCUGGCGAGGUGACAGAACCCUCCCGUCAGACUGUACCCGAAGUGCCACAAAAGACAACCCCUUCCAUCACCAAGGUUCAAAGCCCCAAACGAGAUUCUGCUGUUGACAAUGCACUGCUACUGACCCAAAGCAAGAGAUUUUCUGAGCCUCAGAAAACGACUACUAAGAAACUGGAUGGCCCCAUCGCGGCCUUUUCACAGGGCACAUCACCCCCUCCAUGUUUGCCCAAAAACUGUGAUGCCCAACUGCCCGCCGUUAAACACAGUUUAACAAGGACGCCUCUUGAGGGUCACAGGAAAGGACUCGAAGGAACGUAUCAUCCUCCAGGCACCAAAGAAGGUGUGGAUGCUGAGCAGAGGGGCCCCGAGGCCAGAACGCAGGCAAAACCUCCCACGCAGCCUCCUCCCGUUCCUGCCAAGAAGAGCAGGGAGCGCCUCGCCAACGGGCUGCAUCCUGGCCCUCUUGGUCCCACUGGCAUCCCUGGCCCCGAUGCACCCAGCCUGCCCCUUAAGAAGGGCAGCCCCGGCAGCCCCAGCAACUGUCACCCACCGCCGGUGGCACCCAGGCCUCCCCCGGGACCGGAGCCGGGCAGCCCGCAGAGCGCCAGGCCGCCGCCCUGGCUGUCGGAGCUGCCCGAGAGUGCCAGCCUCCAGGAGCACGGCGUGCGGCUGGGCCCCGCUCUGACCCGGAAGGCCUCCUGCGCCCGCGGGGUGGAUCUGGAGAUGCUCACUGAGAACAAGCUGCGAGCCGAGGGCAUCGAUCUCACCGAGGAGCCGUAUUCUGAUAAGCAUGGCCGCUGUGGGAUUCCCGAGGCCCUGGUACAGAGAUACGCAGAAGACUUAGAUCAGCCUGAGAGGGACGUUGCCACCAACAUGGACCAGAUCCGUGUGAAGCUGCUUCGGAAGCAGCACCGCAUGGCGAUCCCAAGUGGUGGACUCACAGAAAUCUGUAGAAAGCCCCUCUCUCCUGGCUGCGUUUCGUCCGUGUCGGAUUGGCUGGUUUCCAUCGGCCUGCCCAUGUACGCCAGCGCCCUCAUGGAAGCGGGCUUCAGCACACUGGGCCAAGUGCCUUCUCUGUCCCACACUUGCCUUCAGGAGGCCGGCAUCACCGAGGAGAGACACAUAAGCAAGCUCGUGUCCGCAGCCAGACUCUUCAAACUGCCACCAGGCCCUGAGGCCAUGUAGCCAGGCCAGAAAUGGACCUCCCUGGACAAGAGCCACCCUUUCACUGUGUUUAUGAUGCUGAUGCAAUUCCUCCUUCGCUGGACACGCAGACCAGACCCAGAAGAAAGGCCCAGUGUGUGGCCAGCAGAACUCAAAGUCUUGGCUCGGGACCGAUGAGCCUCUCUUCUCCAGAAAAGCCCCCUCCAGGAAGUUGGUGAGAUUCUGUUUGACCCCCAAAGAAAAGACAAGCACUUAUUUUUAUUUUCAGGACACAAUAGAACCAGCAUGCCAACAUGCCACAAAUGCUGUGCCCGCAGUCUGUCCGGGUGUGCUGGGAGAGGGCUGGGGGCAGAGGGAGGCGCAGCCCGCUCCAUCUCUCAGCCUGCAGGGCACCCGAGGUCCAGGUGCGCAUUAGCCAGUCCAAAGUAACAGACUCGGGAGUGACUGUACACUGUUGACCAGGCUCACUUGUUCUAAAGUAAGAAAAUGUGGCUGCACUAGGGGAAAAAAAGAAAAGUCCUAUUCUCCUUUAGAUAAACAAGAGACAUUUUAAUAAUUGCUUUCUAGCAAUCAGCUUUUAUUUGCCUUAAUGUAAGCUUUUAAGCAGUUAUCUAACUCAUGUUCACUCCUCUGUAACCAUAGUCCCAAGUCUUCAGCUUAGACUGCCGUCUAACAUAGUUGGGAUGUUUUCAGCAGAAAUGGGCUUUUCUAAUUGUCUCACUCUAACAUGGCUCAUUUUAUAGGGGUGUUUAUCAAGCCAAAUUUCAUGUUGACUUUCAGUUUUCUAACUACAAUUCUGGUAAAAAGCUCCCUGAAACUCAGAAAGAUAGCAUGUAUGAGUGUGUGUGCGUGUGCGUGUGUAUGUGUAUGUGUGUAUUUACGGUAACUACCUUUCAUUUGAAUCAGUUUAGUAUUGUUACCGUGUUGGUCAUCGUGCUGCAGUAUUGACUUGGAAUCUUGACCGUGUCCAUUCCAAAAUUCAGUCAUCUGAACAGACCACCUUUGCAAAAAGUCAUUGUAAAGUUGAGUAUUUAAGAAAGUUGUUUGUUUGGUUUUUUUUAAGGGAAGUAGUUUAUAAGAUGUCUUAAAAGGUUUGGGUUUUAUUUUGUUUUGUUUUAUAAUUAAAAUACUGUUUUCCAUCUUUUCUUAUUUAGAUAAUUCUCUUAAAUAAAAUGAAGGUUCAUUUUGGAGCCAAGCAAACUACAUUAGUCAUGUAUUAAGUAGUUGAAUAUUUUCAGUUGUUCUCCAACUGAUUACAGCAUCCUCUUUUAGUCUAGUGUCUGGUUUUCUAGCAAACAGAAAUUUAGACAAUUAAAUUAUUAAAGUUUCCAAUUGUUUACAAAAUGAUUUUCCUUUACAUUCUUAUCAUGAGCCCUAUUUUAAGCAUUGGGUGUGAUCAUUUACAAUAGAAAUGCUUUGAACACAAACCUUGAUAAAAAGUUUUAUCAUAUUUCAUCUACUUAUUAAAACAAAUGAUUUCCCCCAGGGGAGGGAAAAAAGGAGUGAUUUCAUUUGUUACAAAGCCAUUUUAGCUUUAUACACCUGGAUCCGUGUUUCUGAGGAAAAGGACAUUCUCAGGUGAUAUAUUUUUUCAUGCCUUUUGGUAUGUAUUUUUUUAAAUAAUAUAUAUUUCUUCAAUAAUAGUCACCUUCUAUAAGAUGCCAUGUGAAGAAGUUGUGGAAAUGCAGAAGAAAAAGCUAAAGCUGCCAAAUUUCUCUUGAACUCUUAAAAACAGCCCAUUUUUGUCAUGUGGGAUGUGACAUUCCUGUGAGAGCAGUCCAUUCAGAAAGUCAGGAGGCUGCAGGGCUCUCCUGUAACCAUUGCUGAAAGGACCUUCCGGUGCUGUGGUGAGAUGGACGCUGUAAAACGGUCUCCUGAGCCUGCAUUUUCGGUACCCCAGCCUGACAUCCGAGAGAGCCUCCUCAGUGUCUAAGCUGAGCUGAAGACCAGAUGUAAGUCAGGUAAUAAUAGACCACAAAGGAGAGGGGGGGAAUUGUCCGUGAACUUCCAAGUGUCAGUUCAUUUUCCUUGUAAGAUUUUCACUUAAGUAAAAGUGGCACCAGAAAAGGGAACUUUUGAGUAUGAGUUUUUGAGAAUGCCAAACUUUAUUUUUGUCAUUCUUCUUUGGAAAUCAUUGCCUUUGCCUAGAAAAGUCAGAUUCAGGGACCAUGGAUAAUUUUCAGUGGGAAGGGCUUCCUAAUCUGUGGGGUCUGAGGUGGUUUUUACUUUCUUGUGCUUUAAAAAAAAAAUUUUUUUUUUUAAUCUUUCGUAUUUGUUUGAUCUUUUGCUUUAAACUUUUAAUUUGAUCCUAGAAAAGCCUGAAUGUUUGUGUGUGACAUUUGACUGAGGUGAUUUGGGGCUGCCUGGACUUUAGAAGACAGGUGGUCGGCUUUAGCAAUAUCCAGUUUUUUAAUCCAUUGCACUUGGUUCAGAAUGUUGAGGAAGGGUGAAAAUUGUUGUCUUUGGAAAGCACAAAAGAAACCCGGCGAGGCAGUUUGGCUCAGGUAGCUACACAUCCAUUAUGGGUAAUUUUUCCUUUGAAGCUGUCUACAAGGAAAUGCAGCCAGCUGAAACCACUAUUGACAUUCCCAGAUAACCAAGAAGUAGGUAGAUUUUUAUGGCCUUGCCUUAGUCAGAGGCCCUUUUCUCUUUCCUGAAUUUGGGUAUAGGUGAGAUUGGAAAUUACUAGUCUGUUGGAAAUCAGUUCCUGACAGAGCAAAGUUUGCUUUCAUAAUUGCAGCAAAAGAAAGUCAGUUCACCAAGUCAAUGCUGCAUGUGUGUACUGUAUUAUUUUCAGAAAAAAAAAUAUAGUAGUCUGUCCAAGUUAUCUCAAUUUUAAAUUGAUAUUAGAAACAAGAAACUGUCAAGCAAGUUAUAUAACAACUAACAACAUUGCACUUUCUGUAUAUGAAAUCAAUAUUUAAAUAACUUAUUUUUCUCCAUUGCUGUUCUUAAACAUUGUAAGUAGCUGUAAUAUACCAGUACCAACAUGUCCUCGCGAUUGCUUCAGCCCGAGAAAGCUGUGUAUUGUUUUAAAAAAUGUAAAAAUUAUUGUGAUGAUUCAUUUAGCAAAAAGAGGUGGACAGAAGGGUUUUCCUAUGUAUCAAAACUUGUCUAUAAUUAUGUCAUCUAUGUACCUAGAAAAAAAAAAGUAAAUAAAUUUCUUCAGUUGAA